UCGGCCGCGGGUUUCGCUGGUUUCGCUGGCUCGGUUGGUUUCGCUGGCGUCGCGGGUCACGCGGGCAGGGGUCCGACGGGAUUCGAUAUUUCGGAAAAGCUUGGCGCGUACGAAAGCGGAAGCGAGGGAAGCGCGCGGCGCAUCGUCGGCUCGCUCGCGGAUCGCGGAGGACGGCCGAUCGCCAGUGGGGUGGAGCGGCGCCGUCGUUACGCUCGCGCUCGAACUGGGCGCUCCGAGACUACGGGACGUCGCGAGGCAACGCACGCCAUCCCGACGUUACCUCCGUCAGCAACGAGUACGAACUACGACGUCGCAGUGCCCUGGGUCUUCCGACGGAACAAAUCGCGGUACGAUGUGACCGAAUCCGGUAUCGAAGCGUUGCGUCGCGUCGCGCCCGGACCAAGAACAUUCAGGACCAUGUUAACCGGUACAACCAGCAAACUGGUGGAAUCAUGCGCGCAGUCGAUUGGGAAGUUUCGGGUAACUUGACCUGACCGUUUCGUUUCGUUUCAUUUCGUUUUGCUCGCAGAGAAGUCUCGUUCGGCUCGCGUGCCUCCUCGCGUAUCCCUGUGAGAAAAAUCGACCGGAGCCGUGCUCGGGGUUCGUCCGGAAGAGAGAGAGGGAGAGAAGAGGACGAAGCGGCGCGUAGGGGAGAGGAAGAGAGAGAGAGAGAGAGAGAGAGAGAGAGAGAGCGAAAGGUGAGGAAAGGGGGGUGCCCCGAAGCUUUCGUGGGAUCCGCUCGAGCAAAGGGGGCUCCCUCGUGUAAAGCGCCAGCGUGGGCCACAGUCGAGUCCGGCACUGGACGUCGGUGGUGACGAAGGGGCUGAUGUCAGUGCGGCCACUCGGCGCCCGCUCCGUGGCUCGGAUGCGCGAACGCGACACCCGCAUCGCCGUCGUACCGCGAGUAAAGCUCCCGAAGGAGGCGGAGGCGGCAGUAGCAGCGGCCGAUCACGGUGAUGGUCAGCCGUGACGACACAGUGGUGACUGGUGACUGGCGUACGAUUAAACGCGACCACGGUUUGCUAGACGGUGCCGUGCCGUGCCGGUCGGUCGGUCGGUUGGUCGGUCGGUCGGUCGGUCGGUCGUCGGUCGUCGGUCCUGGGGGCGCAGUCUCGCGGUUUUCGGUGCUUUCGGGAAUAAUGCAGUAAUGUUAUGCACGUUACACGGCGACGAGGAGGACGGUACGACGCGAGGGACCCGAGCAGCCAGCCGCGAGUGCAGCUGCAGCUACGCAAUUAUGUACGCGUACGGUUUCGAGAUCACGUAGUGGCUGCCGUGUAAUUAUGUUGUCAUCGACGCGCGGCGCGCCCUGUGUAGCUUCACGGUGAAAUUCUGGCGUGAGCGGUGCCGCGGUGGAACGGGGAACAUGGCGUCGGUCUCAGCUGAGACUCCAGCCAGCCAUGGGCACAGCUUCAGCAAGAAGACGUUUCACAAGCCGACGUACUGCCAUAGCUGCACCGACAUGCUGUGGGGCCUCAUACAGCAGGGGUACAUCUGCGAAGUUUGCAACUUCGUGGUGCACGACCGCUGUCUCAAGGCCGUCGUCUCUCCCUGCUCCAGCAUCGCGGCAAGCCUCAUUAAGAACCCGGUUGCACAUUGUUGGUCCGAACAGGAACAUCGUAGAAGAAAAUUCUGCAACGUCUGUCGUAAACGGCUCGAUGAUAGUUUAUCCAUACACUGUGAAAUAUGCGAAUACUUCGUGCAUACGGAGUGCCAGGAUUUUGCCGUGGCGGACUGCAAAGAAAACGCCACGUACUUACCUGGGAAAGACUUGGCGCAGGUAAAACACACUCAUCACUGGCGAGAAGGCAAUCUUCCCAGCAGUUCGAAAUGUGCUGUCUGCAAGAAAAAUUGUUUCUCUGCCGAAUGCCUUUCCGGGUUCCGUUGCGAGUGGUGCGGCAUGACGUUACACUCUUACUGUUGCAAAAAUAUCCCGCAAGAAUGCACCUUUGGGAACUUGAAGCAAAUCUACCUACCGCCGCAUGCAGUCAGUAUUCCGCGCACGGAGAUUCCCAUGGAGACGAUCAUCGGAGUGCAAGUACGACGAAACGAAGUCCUGGCGCGUGAGUAUUCCUGCCAUAACAUCGGAGAGCAAUUCGAUUUCGCUGAGAGUGAACAAAUUGGGGCUGCAGGCCGCCUAGCCGAAGCUUUGAGGCGCCUUUCACUAGUUUUGCCACGUAGCUGCCGUGGAAAUUGUCAUGCUUCCCCUCCUUAUGUUCAAGCGCGAAGCAUAUCGGAAGAGUUCAGCAGCGGGGACGCGAGGUGUCGGGACAAUGGGGACCCGGGGCCGAGCGGCGUGCAGCACACCCGCGAUCCUCGUUCACCGAAAGAAAAAGAAGACAAAGAUAGAGGUGACGAAGAGAUGAUCAAGGUCUACGACGGCAACAAUUCCCUCACCCGACGGAUAUUUCGCGUGAUCUCCGUGCCCCGGCAAGCCACCACGGAACAAGUCCUAACGGCGGCGCUACAUGCAUUUCACAUCACGAAAGAUCCCAACAACUUUUACCUCACCGACCUGUAUGCCUUGGAGGAGACUGAAUUGUGCGAACCCACGCCAGUCCUAAACUUGAAUCGCAAAGAGGGCAAACGUCCGGCUGUCUUCUUACGAUUUAAGGAUAGCGAAGCUGGCGAGGUACGCGUCUAUCCAGGCAAGUUGCAGGUGUCGGACUCAUUCUGCAUUGUACCUGUCACUGAGACCACCACGGUUGCGAACUUAAUUGAAGAAGCGCUCCAGAAAUUCGGUUUAGAAAAUUUCAAUUCCGAAGAUUACAGAUGUAGCGAAAUUCUUCUAGAUCGCGGUGUUACUGAGAGAGUUUUGUCCCGAGAGGAAAAGCCAUGGGAGAUCGUCAAGCAACUGGGCAAAGAUUCGAUCAGGCAGAUGGAGUUGCUGCGAUUUUAUUUGCAGCUGAAGGAAGAUCCUCAUGGUCCUAAUCUGGCUUUGUUCGUGGGUAACCUGCCAGUGAAUCAACAGGAAAGGAUUUAUGAAACUAUAUUGACCGAGCUUCUAGGCAAAGAAAACAAAUUCUCCUCAAUUGGUACGAUAUACUAUGAAUAUGGCUCCAUGGUUAUUAUCUACGAGGAUGCAAAUAAGGCAGUCAGGGCAUUGUAUACUUUGGCAGAAUCGAAGUACGAGGACAAACAUCUUCUAGUAAUGCCGCUACCGAGUAUUGAGCCAACUAUGGUCCCGUCAGGGGUGCAACCAUUGCUAGUCUUCGUGAAUGUAAAAUCUGGCGGUUGCCAGGGACUCCAGUUGAUCUCCAGUUUUCGUAAACUUCUAAAUCCAUAUCAAGUGUUCGAUCUGGACAAUGGAGGACCACUUCCUGGACUCUACGUUUUCCGGCAUAUAAGAGACUACAAAAUCUUAGUUUGCGGUGGGGACGGAACAAUCGGAUGGGUGCUACAGUGUUUGGAUAACGUGGGGCAGGACAGCGAAUGUUCAUCACCUGCCUGCGCUAUCGUUCCUCUGGGAACAGGAAACGAUCUCGCGCGUGUUCUAUGCUGGGGUGCUGGUUACACCGGUGACGAAGAUCCCCUGAAUCUGCUUCGAGAUGUCAUCGAUGCAGAGGAAUCUCAGCUGGAUAGGUGGACGGUAGUUUUCCACACGGAAGAAAAAGAAGACAAACAGUUGAUCAAUAAUCCAGGAGUCGGCGCGACCAACGAGGACAAUUCGCAAAUAUACGUAAUGAACAAUUAUUUCGGCAUUGGCGUCGACGCGGAGCUAUGUCUGGCAUUCCACAAGGCCAGAGAAGAAAAUCCGGACAAGUUUAGGAGCAGAAUUCGUAACAAGGGGACAUAUGUAACGAUAGCACUCCGGCAGAUGAUGAAAAAAACAACUUGUAAAGAUUUGCAUACGAAAAUUCGGUUGGAGGUGGACGGAAAACUGGUAGAGUUGCCGCAAGUCGAAGGAAUUAUUAUUCUGAAUAUUUUAAGUUGGGGCUCAGGUGCGAAUCCCUGGGGACCAGACACCAAGGUAGAUCAGUUCCAUACGCCAAACCAUUGGGACGGUAUGCUGGAGGUGGUUGGGGUCACAGGAGUGAUGCAUCUUGGACAAAUUCAGUCUAGUCUUCGAGCAGGAAUGAGGAUAGCCCAGGGAGGACACAUAAAGAUACAUUUGCAGUCCGAUAUUCCUGUACAAGUGGAUGGAGAACCUUGGGUCCAGAGCGCAGGGCAUAUCGUAGUUUUAAAAUCAGCGUUGACGGCGACGAUGCUGAAGAAGACCAAGGGUAAAAUGAAACGGCGUAAUACAGAGUCCAGCAUGCAGCUGGCCCUUCAGGCCGCGCCUUCGAAUGAACCGGACUCGGAAGUCUUCUGAGAGAGCGAACGUUCCCCGCGCAGGCGAAACGAAAACGCCGCGCGGGGAAGAGAAGCGGAAAACCAGCGGCGGCGCCGCGGUAACUCUGUCACACGCAGCAAGCCGGGCCAGUCACGGAAAUCCUCCGUCUGAAAUCACGGCAACGUGGCCGACGCGAACGACGCCGUUAAGUGCUAUUCUCCUUUCCGUCCCGCGGAAACACCGGAAAACCAGAGAACUCGACGUAUGAAAUCUCACCGAUGACAACACGACACACCCACCCACGCCACCAGAGAAUAUACAAGAGCUGCUUCAGGAAUGCCAGGACAAUGAACUAUGAACACGACGAUUAAAAUCAAGUUUCGAACGAGAAGAAACUAUUAUACAUAUACAUAUACCCGUCGCCACAAGGAUGAACACGCUCGAAUAAGGCCACAUCAUUUACGAACUCAGAGUAAUACUUUAAAUGUCCUCCUUCAGAGUUGCAGGAUGAAAAAACGUAGAUCUCAUUUUUAAAUGUUAAUAACCAUUAUGUAGCAUCGUACGUAGCCUUGAUCAAUAUUUUUUUAGUAAAGACGACGAAGUGUAGAAUGACAAAGACAAGAGAGAGAGAGAGAGAGAGAGAGAGAGAGAGAGAGAGAGGGAGUUUGAGAAACGAACAAUCGUGAUACGACGAGGUAUUAACCGCGCACAUGUGACAUUACCAGGGAAAAGAGCAGUAUUGAGCAAACGUUUUUCCUCCUGUUUAUUCGCUUGACAACAGUACUUUUGCAUUUAUCAUUUCUUUUUCUAGUCUGUUUCACUUGCCAUCUACGACCCCUUGUACUAAGACCCGCCCUCCUCCUCCUCCUCCUCCCCGUCACCCCCUUCCCGGCCGUUCCAACGAAAUCUUGGAUGAACAGGAAGUGAACCGUUGUACAUGACGUUUCGUAUGGUAUUUUACUAAUCCACCGUAAGUAUCGUGGCACGAUAAAGAUCAGUUGUUAUUAAUAUAAUACAUAAUAUUUAUGAUUAAAUAUUAAUAUAUUUACAAAAGAGUAAUGUAUUAGUAUUACGGUUUUAAGUUGUGAUAACUGUUGUGCGUCUGACUGCUGGGCAGUCUGGAAUUUCUAACAAAAAAAAAGAACAAAUACCAGUGGCAGUCAGUCAUUUCAUAGAAUACGAGAAAAACGAAAAAAAAAGUAUGUAACGAACGAAAACUAUUAAAGAAGAGCAAGCAAAUGUAAUUGCCUUCGGCGAGGGUAAAUCGACGGCGAAGCGCUUUGUCAACUAGUCUCUCGAUGGGACGCGGCAGGACGAAAUCUCGGGACGCGAGUUAAACGAAUUGAUUGUUCUAUUCUCGGCGAAACGAGAGAACCAGAAACGACUUGGCAGUGUUCUUUUUACCGUCCGGCCGAUUCUGACGACGUACUUCCGGUCGAAGGGAAACUCGCGGGAGCGAACGGUAGGCAAACACAUUCCACUGUAACGUGGUCGAGAACAAAUAGGACAUGUACAUUUCUAAAGUAUGCCAAAAGAACUUACUAACGUGCUAUCACUUUCACGCUGUUUGAGCACACCUCUCGGUGGGGCAUCUGGGUUUCCGAUCGAGCAUCAACGAAAACGCACGUGGACGUUAGGGCGGUGUCGAUUAUCGUCGUGGCAUCGCGAGCACAGAGAAAAAGCGAGAGUGAGAGAAAGAAAGAGAUGGUUGUUCGAUCGGUUUAACGGAGAGUGAAUAAACGCACUGUCGUGGCUUUUUAGCCGUGGAUCGUGUUCAUACCAUGGACCCUUCGUUGGCAUCAUUCGAUUAAGAGACAAUUCCGGUGCCAAACAGUUGUACAUAAUACUGUAAAUGUGGGAGAUUAAAGAAAAAAAAGUCGCGAGAGAGCAAAAGAGAGAGAGAGAGAGAGAGAGAGAGAGAAAAUGUUAUUUGAACGGCGAGGAAUGAACGAGAGACGGUGUUACAUGCCGGAUAUUGAACGAUCGUCCCCGACGUAUAGCGAAACGAUACGCGCGGGCUAGGCGAACGGAUGAAAGCGUGUUGUGUUGUGUAUACGUGUCGCGCGUAUUUCAGUUGAACGGAGUGAGAAAGAGAGGAAUCGAUGCCUUCGAACGCGUAGACAAAAAUUGUAAGAACGAAGCGAAUAAAACGGGAUAAGCGGAUUAAGCAGGAUAUAAGCGGGAGAAUGUGUCAAACUGGAACGGGAUAUGGUUACGCGUCUUCUUUCACUUGAUUUUGUGUUCCAGAGAAUGCUUGUAGAGUAUAAAAGCCACCUCCCGUGCACCCUCUAGCUAACCUCUCGUAGAUGUCUACCGAGUGUCUUUUCACAAAGAACGCGGACUCAGGCGGAAGAACGCGACUCCGUCGGUAAACGAGAUUGGUUCGACGAGAGGCCGCCGGUUUCCGGAUAAUCGAUCUGGCCUCCCCGAUUCUAAUCACAACCUGCCAAUGAUGCAUGGGCUCAGUUGUUCGUCCUCGGCAUCCGGCGUGCGCGCGAGUACAAAUGACGUAUCGGCGGCAGAUUGGCGAAAACCGUAUUUCUUCAGUUUUCGAUUUUCUUUCGGGUUUCUCUUUCUUUCCUCUUCCUUUUCUCUUCCUUUUCUUCCGUUCGAUCCGACCGGGAAAGUUACAGCGUACAUAUUUCGCUGUUGUUACGAACGAAACUAAAAAAAAAAAGGGAUAGAGAGAGAGAGAGAGAGACACCACACUAAGCUAACGGAACAAUUUACGUAUAAUGAAUGUAUGUGCUAUAAAAGAACAAAAAAUAUGUCUGAACAAAAGCUAGCUGUUACGACUGAAUUCGUUUUCCUGUCCUAUCGACGACACGCUCUAGCCACUACACACGGACAUAACCACAGAUGGAACCGCUCGUCGCGAGUUCGAUCUGCUUUCUUUUUCCACGACGUGCUGAAUCACGUUCGCAUCGUACCUUUGCAGUACACCGUUACGUAUUAUUUUCUAUCGAUUUAAACGAGCGCGCGCACGAGAGAGAAAAAGAAAGAGAGAGAGAGAAAGAGAACACUGUAAUAUUAUGGGACCGGAUGUGGACACGUUCUGAAAUGAAAUUUUGUUUUCUUCGGGUAUCUUAAUUUUAAUGUCCAGAUUAUAUAUACGUAUUAUAAUGACUGUACGAGAAUAAAUUUGUUGUAUUAUGUUGAUACACAGUGGUGGUAAUACGUCGUACAAAUGAACCGCUUAGCGUAAAUGAACUUUUUGUUCCGGAUAUUUCCUCUUCUGGUUUCGAUGCACAGCACGUUACUGUAUCGCGGACGAUGAGAUUUCUCGUUGGAAUCAUGUCUUGGCGUGUAUUAUGGAAAGAUUGAAAUAUUAAGUAAAUUAAUGUACACAUUA